GGCCCCGCUCGGUGCCCGCCCGGGGCGGGCGGUGCCGCGGCCCGCGGGUCCCAUGGCGGCGGCGCGGGGCUGGCCGCGGAAGCUGGCGGCUGUCGCUGGGGUGCUGCCCGGCGGGGGCGGCCCGGGACCGGUCCCAGAAACGGCCGCCCCCGCCACAGCCGCGCUCUACGUGCACUGGCCCUACUGCCGCAAGCGCUGCUCCUACUGCAGCUUCAACACGUACGUGGUGCCGGCGGUGGACGAGGCGGCCGUGCGCGCCUGCCUGGUGCGGGAGGCACAGACCCUGCUCCGCUUCAGCCAGGUGCACAGCGUCACCUCCGUCUUCUUCGGCGGGGGCACCCCCAGCCUGGCCAGCCCCGGCACCGUUGCGGCAGUGUUGGAGGCUGUGGCAGGGGCUGCCCACCUUCCGGCUGGUGCUGAGGUCACGCUGGAGGCCAACCCCAGCUCCACCAGUGCAUCUCCCCUUGCUGGCUUCAGGGCAGCUGGGGUCAAUCGCCUCUCCAUCGGCGUCCAGUCGCUGGAUGAUGCCGAGUUGAGGAUGUUGGGCCGGGAGCACACAGCAGCAGAGGCACGAAAGGCUGUGGAAGCAGCUCGGGGGCUCUUCCCUGGCCGAACGUCCAUCGACCUUCUGUUCGGGCUGCCGGGACAGAGCCGGGAUGCCUGGGCCCAGCGGCUGGAGGCGACCCUGGGGCUCUGUGACGACCACAUCUCCCUGUACCAGCUGACGCUGGAGCGGGGCACGGCACUGGCAGCACAGGUCAGGGCCGGAGCCCUGCCUGCACCCUGCCAGGAUCUGCUGGCUGACAUGUACCAGACUGCCCGGAAUGUGCUGGUGGCCACUGGCUUCCGCCACUAUGAGGUCUCCAAUUUUGCACGGAAGGGCGCCCUCAGCACCCACAACCUCUCAUACUGGCGAGCUGAUCAGUACAUCGGUGUGGGGCCAGGGGCACAUGGGCGCUUCGUGCUGCGGGGUGAGGGCAGCUGCAGCCGGGAAGCUCGUGUCCAGAUCCUGGAGCCUGUUGCCUGGAUGCGGGAGGUGCAGAGCCAGGGACAUGGCACCAGGAGUCGGGUGGUGCUGAGCCCACUGGAGCAGCUGGAGGAGCUGCUCACCCUGGGACUGCGCACGGAUGAAGGCAUCACACACGAGCCCCUCUUCAGCUCUCCUGCAGCCCCUUUGGGUACUGGGAUGCUGAUGCCCUCUCCUUCUCUUGCCCUGGGCACACAGCGAUGGGAGCACUUCUCUCCCCAGCUCAGCCUGCAGGCCGUGUUUGGGGAGCCAGGGGAGGCUCGGGCACUGCAGCAGGAGGGCUGGCUUGUCCUGGACAGCGGUGGCCUGCGUUGCACCUGGGCUGGCCUGGCCGUGCUGGACUCGCUGCUGCCCGACCUGCUCUGGCAGCUGCAGCGGGUGCUGGGUGCUGCCCGGCGCCCAUCGAGGGGGACCCUGGCGGAGGAACGAGCCGGUGGCAGGGGCGUGAGGGCUGUAAGCGGCCACAAUGGAUAAUAAUGCAUAAUAAACCACAAGAGCACUG